AUGAACAAAAUAGAAAUGUCGCGCCUCGUCGGCAGAUGCGCAUGCGCCCCGCUCGCCAGCCGUGUCCGCGACGACAUCUUGUCGGUGGGCAACGUUUGGUCGAACGUCACUAAAACGUAUCAUCUGAAGAACGUCGACAGGAAGAUGGGAUCGUCGAAAUGCGAUCCGGUGCCGGCGAACGUGAAAAACUCCAAACCGUACGGUCGUGUGGUGCUCACGCUGAAAAAUCAAUUGCUGCCCGAGGACAAGCUGAGCCCCACACCGUCGCAGCUCGACGGUUUAGACUUUGAGUCCGAGAUGGAUCUUAGGAUAUACGGAUGCGAGUUGAUACAGACGGCCGGGAUCUUAUUGAAACUGCCCCAGGUCGCAAUGGCCACCGGACAGGUGCUCUUGCAGAGAUUCUAUUAUUCGAAGAGCCUGGUCAGGCAUCCCGUUGACCAAACGGCAAUGGCAUGCGUGUGUCUCGCCUCGAAAAUCGAGGAGGCCCCCAAACGCAUUAGGGACGUUAUAAACGUGUUCACGCACAUCAGACAAGUCAACUCGAACAAGCAGAUCCAGCCGGUGAUCCUCGACCAGAACUACAUACACCUCAAGAAUCUGGUGAUCAAGGCGGAGCGACGGGUGCUCAAGGAGUUGGGGUUCUGCGUUCACAUCAAGCAUCCGCACAAGAUCAUCGUCAUGUACCUGCAGGUGCUCGGCUUCCAGGCCAACCAGAAACUGAUGCAGUACUCGUGGAACUACAUGAACGACUCCCUCCGCACCGACGUGUUCGUCCGCUACCAACCGGAAACAGUGGCCUGCGCCUGCAUCUACCUCACCGCCCGCAAACUGAAACUGCCGCUGCCCAAAAGUCCGGCGUGGUACACGAUAUUCGGUGCCACCGAAUCCGAAAUCAGGGACAUUUGUAUCAGGAUAUUGAAGCUAUAUAAUAGACCAAAGCCAAACGCAGACGCCUUGGAGAAGAAGGUGGACGAGCUGUGCAAAAAGUACCACGACCUCAGGGCCAAGGCGAAAGGUAGUUCGGGGGGCAACACCCCGAACAACGACUCCAACAGCCCCAGCCAACAGAAAACAACGGGUGCCCACAACGCCUGGGGAGGUUUUAUUAGUCGAUCGGGAAGCCACACCGCGCCUCCGAUUAAAGAAAAGACGUCGCGGUCGCGGUCCGCCACCCACUCGCCGGAAAGGAAGCACCACAAACGCAGCAAAAAGCAUCGGUCGAGGAGUCGGAGCGCCAGUCGGAACCACAAGAAGAGCCACAAGAGGAAGAGCUACUCGAGGUCGAGGAGCAAUUCGCCGCACACCAAGAACAGGAAGAGGGACAAGAGGAGGUCGCGGAGCACGAGCAAUGACAGGGACGCCAAGAAUGAUAGAUACAUAGACAGAUACGAGAAGAAUGAUAAGUACGAUAAAGACAAACACAGUGAUAGAGACAGGUAUGAUAAAUACGAGGAUAAAAAGGAGAGACAUGAGAAGAAGUAUGACAGGGACGAUAAGUACCGGGAUGACAAGUAUUCUCGGGAGGAUAAAUACAAAAAAUCGUCGAAACACAGAGAUGAUGAUAGAGAUCGAUCGAAGGACAGGAGGAGAUGAAAGGAGUUUGUGAAGUUGCGUAUUUUUAUGGUUAUUAAAUGAAUACCGUUAUUGCCAUUGAGGGAAAAUAUUUUUUAGCUCAAGAUUAGUUUUAUAACUGAAUUGUAAAAAAUGUACAAAUAUAUUUUUCUGUAAAUAA